UGACAACAUACGAACUUUUUGGCCAAUUAAGUAAUGACGUACAGUACAAAGACUUUGGCGAUAAAAUAUACAAGUCAAAAUUUUCAACCAUCCCUCAGCCUAUUUUAAGGCCCUAUCUCACUAAUACACGUCUUAGUUCUUACCCUUUCCCCCUCAAAUGAACAACUCCGCCAUCAUAACUAACACUGCCGCCGGAGCUGCCGUCAAAUGCCGUAACAAGCUCCUCCAAUAUAAUCAGUAUCAGUCCUUGAUCCCUGGACUUCCUAAUGAUAUAGCUCAAAUUUGUCUAUCUCUUGUUCAAGAACCUUUGAUUCUUUACUCCGUUUGUCAAUCGUGGCGCCGACUUGUUUAUUGUCCUCAUUUUCCCCCCUUUUUAUCCAUCUAUUCCUUAUUGAAACCCUCGGCUCAAGUGAAAAAUUCGAUUGAGUUUGCGAAUUUCAUUCCGAUUUCAGCAAAAUGGCAGUUACUUCCUCCUCCCCCACUUGACCCACCUCUACGUCUCCUUCUCCGUCACCCUUCCUUUAUCUCCCGCCACCUUCCUAUUCAAUCGGUUAGCGUUUCUGGCGAUUUAAUAAUCCUCACCGCGACAACUGACCAUAUGCUCCCGGCCUUAUCCCGUCCCCUUGUGUUCAACCCGCUCACCCACAAAUGGACUUAUGGCCCCCCACUCGCGACCCCGAGACGCUGGUGCGCUGCAGGCACGUCGCAGGGCAUGGUGUAUGUUGCGAGUGGGAUUGGGUCCCACUAUAACCUCGAGGUAGCUCAAACAGUUGAAAAGUGGGACCUCAAAAGUUAUAACAUAAAAAAUAACAGUAACUACCACCAACAACAACAACGUAAUAAUCCCACAUGUGGGGUUAAAAACAAGGGAUGGAAAUGGGAAAAACUGAGUGGUCUCAAAGACGGGAAAUUCAGUAGGGAAGCGAUUGAAGCAAUAGGUUGGAGAGAGAAGUUAUGUAUGGUAAACGUAAAAGGCGAUGCAGCAAAGGAAGGAAUAAUCUACGACAUCGAAAGCGACACGUGGCAGGAGAUGCCUGAGGGAAUGUUAGUAGGUUGGAGAGGUCCAACGGCUGCAAUGGAGGAGGAAAUAAUUUACACGGUGGAUGAAUCGAAAGAAGCAUUGAGGAAAUAUGAUCAAGAAAAUGAUAGUUGGAUUGAGAUUCUUGAGAAUGAGAUGCUUAAAGGUGCACAGCAUAUGGCUGCUGCUGGUGGUAAAGUGUGCGUGGUUAAUAGCGGCGGUGAUGGGAUAGUAGUGGUGAAUGUGGUGGCAGAGCCUCCGAGUUUGGUGGUGGUGGAAACUCCGGUAGGGUUUCAGGUUUUGGAUGUACAUAUUUUGCCAAGGAUGAGCCAAUUGGAUGAAUGUUGACUAGUUUUUUUUUUCUUUCAAUUUUUUUCAGGUAAAUUUGGGAUACUUGUCAAUUUUUUUGUUGAUUCUUUUAUGUCUCUUUACAUGAAUAUCUUUCUUAAUGGGGAAAAAUAUAUGUAUACAAUUUGACAUAAA